AUGCACCGCUUCUUGCGACUUCGGACGAGGAACUUCGAAGAGCAUCGGAUCUUUCCACCUGUCUUGUCAAAGCAAGAACACGUCAACCUGCGCCGAUCGGAAUCCCCUCCGUGUGUUCCAAGUAGGCCACAAGUCUUGCCGUGCGGCUCCUUUAUCGAUCACACCCAACGGCGGAUACUAGCCCACGAACCACCUUCAGCAACAGCAGCUCAGCCAGGAAAAAUGUCGGGCUUUGAUACAGGAUCCGGAAGCUACGACAAGAUAGCACAGUCUCAGGGUGGUGAAGGACUAGACAUUGAUGCCCAGACCGCAGGCCGUAACACUGGACCGGGAGAAGGAGUAUCCGCAGGUCCCGGAGCCAAAGACAACACUCCAGGAAUUGGUUUCGACGGUGGACCUGGUUCUGAAGACCUCGAUGCUAAGAUCACCGGCUCUGGAGAAGGUCUCGAUGCCGGUCAGAAGGGAAACAGCACAAAACCCGGCGGUGGCGUCAGCUUGAAUGCCGGUAGAGAGGAGGAGUUCCACGGUGCAAGUGAUGGGAAGUUCUUCGAUGCUGAGGGAAAGGUUCAGAAGGUCGCUGAUAAGGUUAUGGACAAGAUCAAAUCGUAG